CUAGGUUAGGUAACCACAUAGUUGUACCCUUAUACAUUUUAUCACUGAUACCAUCUUCUAAUUCAUACAUGUACCUAUGACAUAUGUAGGUAGCCCUAGCUUUGAGAAGGUUGCUACUUCCUUUUUCUAAGAAAUUUGAUUAAUCUCGCUAAAAGGUCGUGAUUACUUAACAUAUAAGUGCAUUAAUCCUCCGAUUUGAACGGCGUUCUAUACCAAGUAAUUAUACCCAAGAUGUGAUAGUCGAGUUUAAUUACAACCAAGAGAAUCCCGUGUUUGCUCAUUCUAGAUUGGUUAUAUUUAAUAACAAGCCUCACGUCUAUGCAUCUAUAUGUCAGAUUGACCACUUGACCACUUGACCAAAAGGUAUCUUGUCAUGCCAUAAGUGCCAUUACUUAAUAUAUAUGCGACACUAUAUCGCUUCUCGAUAUGACGGUGAUCCCGGAGAAACCACCUACGUUACAAUGUAGCAAUGCAUGAAAGGGGCGAUGCAAAAUGGGGGCCGAAUGGAAAUGGACAAAUUAGACAAUAGAGCAUUGAGAACCUCGAGAAGCUCGAGAAGCUUGAGAACCUCGAGAACCUCGAGAACAAGUAGGUCAAUAAACAUCCCCCCUCGCUAAUUCACAUAUGAAUCUGUUAUGUAUCAGAAGUACAAUUUAGCUUGUUGAAUAACCCCAAGCUAUGGCGGAUCCUUUCACGGCUCUUGGAACGGCAAGUAGCAUUAUCACCUUUGUAGAGUUCACAUGGAAGCUACUUACCAACACGCAUACGAUAUAUAAAUCCGCGACCGGCGAAACUGAGGAUAGCACAACUCUCUCGAUCAUCGCAAAAGAUGUUGCUAGUCUUGGAGCUGCUAUCAUCGCGUCGCCUGGAUGUGAAUAUGAACUGCAAAUCCUUGUUAAGGAGGCGCAGAGUAUCGCUCAUGAUUUACUCGAGGCGCUGAACAAACUGAAAGGUCAAGGAGCCAAGACGGUAUGGAAAAGCUUCGUGGUUGCAUUGAAGGAAGUGUGGCAAGGCAGCCAAGUUGAAGCCUUCUCUCAAAGGCUUACAAAGUUUCAAACUCAAAUCGCUUUACAUAUCCAGAUGUCGAUCUUGAGCCACGUCUCGGAAAUCUCUCGCACGACUACCCAAUCCAAACACAUCGAUCAAACCUUAGGAACUACAAUGCAGACAGAGUUCCGCGAGCUACGCGAAGACGUUGUUGCCGCUGUAGCCGCUGUAGCGAAAUUAGUGCCCCGAGACUCAGUCUUUGAGCCCGCAGGGAAGCAUCUCAAAAGCCAGAAUGAUAUUAAUAUAGAAGACGAAGGACUUAUUCGUGAGGUACUGGCAAACCUACGUAUCCUGUCCGAGAAAAUCUUGCAUCUCCACGAAACUGGCAAGAGGACCCAUGACGAUGAGCGUGUACUAAGGAGCCUUUACUUCGCCGGCAUAAUGGCGAGGCAAAAGAAGAUAGCUGAAGCACAUGCGCGGACAUUUGCAUGGGUCUUUCAAAAACGGCCCCCCGAGUUCGUCAACUGGUUGGAAGAUUCAAGCGGCAUAUUCUGGAUCCGGGGGAAACCAGGCUCGGGAAAGUCUACUCUAAUGAAAUUCAUUUCUAGUCACGAUAGCACCCGCCUUCAUCUACAACCAUGGGCACGGGGCCAGGAGCUCGCGGCUGCUAGUUUCUUCUUCUGGAACUCGGGUUCGCCGCUCCAGAAAUCUCAAGAGGGUCUUUUCCGUUCGCUCUUGUUUGGAAUAUUGCGAAAAUACCCCCAUCUCGUUCCCAGGGUAUCCGCACUACGGAUCGAGUUAAGGGAUGACUGGGAUAACGAUUGGUCUUGGACGGUUGACGAAUUAUUGUUCGUGUGCCGCAAAAUCAUCGAGGAAUGCAUACAUACUAAAUUUUGUUUCUUCGUCGACGGAAUGGAUGAAUACGAGGCAGAGAAGGAAGACCUGAGUGACCUCGUGAAAAAUAUACGGAGUCUUGCUUCCCUUCCAAACAUCAAGUUGUGCGUUUCGAGUCGACCCUGGUCCGUGUUUGAGGAUGCUUUCGGUCAGAAUCCCGAGUUAUCGCUCAAGGUUGAAGACCUUACUCGCGACGAUAUCCGACAAUACGUCUCUGACAAGUUCGAAGAGAAUCGACAAUUUUCUCUGCUCAGAGCUGCGGAACCAACUACGCAGGAGUUGGUGGAAGAAAUAUGUCAGCGAGCUAAGGGUGUAUUUCUCUGGGUUUAUCUCGUAGUUCGUGAUCUCCUUGGCGGAUUCACUAACGGCGAUUCCUUGAGGCUUCUCCGAGAUCGACUAGAUAGAUUUCCAGAAGACUUGGAUGGCUUUUUUCGGCAUAUGAUCGAUACUAUACCCUCAAUGUAUCUUCCAUUCGCAGCCCGGAUAUUCGAAGUUGUCAGACUGGCACCGGAGCCCCAAAUAGCAAUCACCUUUUCCUUCAUUGAUGAUGUUGAGAACAGGCCUGAGCUCGCGAUCGAAAUGGAAAUGCCCAUCAUACCUAUGUCCGAGCCUGAGAUUGAUUUUCGGCAAGCCCUAGUAAGACGGCAACUGGAUACACGGAGUAAGGGGCUGUUAGAGAUUACCCACGAGGACGAUUUUUCGCCUGAGCCCGACUUGCCCAGCAAUCUCUUCAAUGCCCGUGUUGACUUCCUUCAUCGUACCGUUCGUGAAUUUCUUGUCCGUUCAGAUGGCCUAGGCCCAUUCAUCACCCAGCAUAUUGGCAAUUCAAACACUGCUUUAGUGAUGUGUAGUGCUAUUCUAACGACACUCAAGAAAUUGCCGCCUACGUCCAUGAAGAAUAUAGAUAUUCUUACACAACUAUUGAGUUGGGCUACGCUUGCGGAACAGAACACUGAAGUAAAGGCGGCACUCUACCCAAUCCUUGAAUCUACAGAAUCAUUCUAUAACUCUAUAUCAUCACCGUCUCGAUCCGAUGACUCGACACCAGGCGUCGAUUUCCUUGGAUAUGUAUGUCUUGGAUAUGCAUGUGAAUUGCCUGUCAUGUCAUACAUCGAGGAGAAACUUAGAGACGACCGCACACGUGCUGAAAUUAACAAGCGAUCCGAACCGCUACUAUGCUAUGCUCUAAACCACCAUUGUCAAAAUGUUCAUCCAGGUCUCGUCAAAACCCUUCUAGAGAACGGAGCCGAUCCCAACCAGGAGAUUUACCAAUCUUUGACUAUUUGGGGACGGUUCGUCCGUCACCUAAAAAAGGAUGGCUCUGGGCGUGACAAUGAAACCAGAAUUAAUAAAAUCAGAAUCACCAUUGAAAUUUUGAUUGAUUACGGGGCCGACCUUGAAACUGGAAUAGACGAGGGUCAUAACACUGCUAUGGGGUAUGGUCAAGCGGGAAAGAAUCGAGCACUUGCUUCGGAUGUGAUCAAAACUUGGUUCACAGAAGACGAAUAUAAUGCAUUAUACGAGAAAUACGAAGCUGCCAAGCCUGCCAAGCCUAUCAAGCCUAUCAAGCCUAUCGAGGCUAUCAAGGUUGAGGACCGCAAGCCGAAAUCUUCCAUUCGCCGUCGACUGCGGAAUAUAGGGACGGAAAUACGUCGCAGGAUCCUUUUCUAUGCCCAAUCUUAGAGUCUGAUACUUUACUAACUUUUAAGGGGAGUACUUUGUGCAAUGGAGGAUAUAAUGGUUUCUUUGAGUAAUAGCUAGGUGCUGAUCCUACUUUACACAAAUGUUGACGAUAAAUCGAUGCACGCUUUAUUAGGUUAUGCAUUUUUAAACCUGUCUGGGAUCGUGGCUCACGAGGAGUUGAUGACUAUUUUGACUCAUGCAUCAUCUAAUAGUUAAUAGAAGGGAGGGAUGCCUUCCUUAUAACGUAACCUCAUUGCCUCUUAGCAAAAGUCAAUCAACUAUCACAUAGAUAGCCUUACAUGAUACAGCCGGAUUAAUACUUACAUGUAGUUGAUCUAGCAACGAUAGGCGACUCUAAUAUACUAUGUAUUUUUGGUUUUCUG